AGUUGCUGUGGAGUGUGGAGGGCUCGUGUGCGCACGCCGCGACCCGACCGCCGCCGCCCCGCGACCAGACCGUCGGGCGCCAGGCGCUGCCCACCCCGUCCCGCGACUCCCGCCUGGCCACGGCCGGCCGACCUGGUCCGGCGCCGCCCGUCGCCCCGCUCCCCCGGUUGCCGUGGUGCCGCCCGACGGCCCCGACCCGGCCUCGACCUGCUCGGCGCCUCGGCCGCUCGCCCCGUCGCUUGUUGCUGGCUCCUCAAGCCAGCGCCCCUACCUCCAGGAUCUCCUUUGGAGUUCUCAGCAAGGUCAUGGCAGAGGCUGUAGAUCUAACUGGGGAUGGAGGUGUUCUUAAGACAGUGGUCAGAAAGGCAAAGGAUGAUGCUAUAGCUCCAUCUGACAGUCUUCCCUUGGUUGAUGUUCACUAUGAGGGCACACUCACUGAGAACGGUGAAGUUUUUGACACCACUCAUGAAGACAACUCAAUUUUCUCAUUUGAAGUUGGGCAAGGAGCUGUCAUUAAAGCAUGGGAUAUAGCUUUAAGAACUAUGAAGGUCGGUGAAGUUGCAAAAAUAACAUGCAAGCCAGAAUAUGCAUACGGAAGUGCAGGCUCACCACCAGAGAUACCACCCAAUUCAACACUCAUUUUUGAGGUGGAGUUAGUGGCAUGUAGGCCUAGGAAAGGUUCAAGCCUGGGCAGUGUAUCUGAUGAGAAAGCCAGACUAGAGGAACUCAAGAGGCAGCGGGAGCUGGCUGCUGCCACCAAGGAGGAAGAGAAGAAGAAGAGGGAAGAAGCGAAGGCUGCUGCAGCCGCUCGUGUCCAAGCCAAACUUGACGCGAAGAAGGGGAAGGGAAAAGGAAAGGGAAAAUAGGCAACUGAUUUGCUGCUGACUAUUGUAACCUAGAAAAUAAUCCAGAAAGCAUGGUGUGCAAGAUUACUUGUUAUCUAUUACUUUCAUUUCAUACUAUAAGAUGUUUUCUCUCCCUAGAUUUAUAUGGAUGGAUGAAUCUAGAUGUGACCAAAACAUCUUAUGAGCAGGGAGUACUCUUCUUUGGAUGCUGCGUUGUUGUUCCUGUUUGACACUAUGGCUGUACCGAAAGAACAUACUCCCUCCGUCUUAAAAUAAACCAUUUUUUUA